AUGGGCCGCAAGUUUGUUGUUGGAGGUAACUGGAAAAUGAAUGGUGACAAAAAUCAAAUAAAUGAAAUCAUUAAUAACUUAAAAAAAGGUCCCCUUGACCCAAAUGCGGAGGUGAUUAUUGGUGUUCCCGCUAUCUACUUGGCAUAUGUAAAAAGUAUUGCCCCUGAUAACAUUUCCGUUGCUGCUCAGAACUGUUGGAAGGUUGCUAAAGGAGCAUUUACAGGUGAAAUAUCCCCUGCUAUGAUCAAGGAUGUUGGUGCCACUUGGGUUAUCUUAGGGCAUUCUGAGAGAAGAACAAUUUUUGGUGAAAAAGAUGACCUAGUUGCUGAGAAGGUUGCACAUGCUCUUGAGUGUGGGCUUAAAGUAAUUGCAUGCAUUGGUGAGACUUUGGAAGAAAGAGAAGCAGGCAAAACGGAGGAGGUAGUCUUUCGUCAAACCAAGGCAUUGCUUCCUGCUAUAGGAAAUAACUGGGAUAAGGUAGUUUUGGCUUAUGAACCAGUAUGGGCAAUUGGUACUGGAAAAACAGCAACACCAGCACAAGCACAAGAUGUGCAUGCUUCAUUACGAGACUGGAUUUUAAAGAAUGUGUCUUCUGACAUAGCCCAGGCUGUGCGUAUUCAGUAUGGGGGUUCUGUGACUGGAGCCACUUGCAAGGAGCUUGGUGCUUGCCCAGACAUUGAUGGAUUUCUUGUUGGUGGAGCUAGCUUGAAGCCAGAAUUUGUUGAUAUUGUCAAUGCUACUGCAUAA